GAGCGGGAGGCGGGAGCUCGUAGGGCGGGUCGGGGCGGCCCCGGCGGGUGGGUAGCGGCGCUUCCGUGCGGGGUUUCUUCGGCGCUGCGACGGCUCUAGUGGGCUGGAAAACCCGCGGCUGCCUCCGCCCGGCCGGCCGGUCCCGUCGGUUACCGGUAAACAACACCGCUCCGGCUGCCCGCGGAAGUCAGCUCCGGGCUUUGGGUUUCGUUGUUCUCGUCUUCGCGGUUGGGAGAGAUCAUCCUUGUCCAGACAGCCCGCUUCAACCCCCUGUACCCCUCCCCGCGGGUGCUGAGUGAGUGGGGUCCCCUCCCUCCGGCUGUCUGGUGCGACGGCGCCAGAGAGCGGCUGCUGCGCUGCUUGCGGCUUCGCACGGCAGGGGAAUAAACCCCUUUGGUGUGCGGGUGUGAGCGGCUACACAGCGGAACGAGUGACAUCAAACUCGGAACAGCGACUCGAAAAGCGGCUCUGUCCUGCAGGAAAAGCAAAAUGAAGGAACUAGUAUCAAACAGUACAACCAGUAUAUCUCAAGCCAGGAAAGCUGUGGAGCAGUUAAAAAUGGAAGCAUACAUGGAUAGGAUGAAGGUAUCCAAGGCUGCAGCAGAUUUACUGGCAUAUUGUGAUGCUCAUAUUGGAGAAGAUCCCCUUAUUAUUCCAGUGCCUGCAUCUGAAAAUCCCUUCAGGGAGAAGAAACUCUUUUGUACUAUCCUCUGAGUGGGUUUUCAAUUAAAAAUGCCUUCUGCUAAAAUUUGAUGUCAGUGUUGCAUGCUUUUAGUUUUAGCCCUUUUUUCUUCAGAUAUCAAUACUCAGACUAUAACUACACCAUUUUUAGAGGGUACUGCAUUUUCUGGUUAAAAAAAUAAAAUAAAAAAAACUGAAAAAUUCAAGGUAAUCCUUAGCUUUCAGACCAAUGGAUAACUUGAAUUUCAGUUCUUCAUGUAGAUUCUUUUGGUCUUAAUGAAAGCAUUGAGUACAGUAUCGAAUUGUAGAUGUCUUUGCCAGUCAUAGAUUUUUCUGAGACCUAAAUGAGUCAUACCAAUUCUUGAAGCUAUUUUUAACCUUCUUAUUUUCGUUAGAAGGUGAAUUUAAUUCAUUUGCCUUUACAGAUUUCUAUCUAAAAUGAGUAGCAUGACCUUUCCUCGAGUAGCACUAUUUAGGAAAAAAUCCCAGUGAUUUACAAUGCUUGGAAUGGUCAGUCUUACGCAGUAGGUGGUGUUUAUAAAUGUUUCCUGAAGACUGUUAUAAACUUGAGUACAGAAACAAUCUUAGUAAAGGAACAUUGUAACUACAAGCAAAAGGAAGAUGUAUAGUUACACAUAUCAAUAAAACUGUAGAAAAAAACCUGUCUGCCUGUAUUUUGAAUUAUAUUGGUUUAGAAAGUGAACUGUAAUAUAUCAGCUGUUCUCCAGCUCUCAGUGGAGGGGGUAAAUCUGCCCUGAUUGCUACAGGGAGGGGAAUUACAUUUUGCUAACACCUCUCUACAUGCUUUUUCCCCCAAGAGCAAGACUCAUGGGAAUGGAGAGUAAUGGUAAAUUAAAGUUGUUCUAGAAUGUGCAGUGAGACCACUGCCAUUGACACAUGUUUGUAUAUUUUGUAGCCCCAGGUUAGUAAUGAGAUAAGUUAUCAGGAAGCAAUUUAUGGAGAUUCUGAGAGGAUGUUUCUGGUCUGACUUUGUUUAAAGUGCAGUGAGAGGAAAUGAAUGAGAUAUGGAAUAUGACUGUUCUGCCUUCUUCAAUAAGUAGAAUCAAGUCCAGUCAAGGCAUCUGAUGGAAACAACUGUUACAUUAUAGACUUUUUUUUUUUU